AUGAUCGGAGGGAUUUUCCCAGUUUAUGAAAAAGAGAUAAGGAGAACUUCGACAUUCAGGAGCAAGCCACCUGUAGUGAAAUGUGUUGGAUUUGACCUCCGUGCUUAUCGGUGGAUCCAUGUGAUGAUAUAUACAAUUGAAGAAAUCAACAAAGAUCCUGCUCUCCUGACAAACAUAACUCUUGGCUAUGGGAUCUUUGACUCAUGUGCAUCUCCUACAAAUACUCUGCGUGCUGCACUGACACUGGCAAGCAGACCUGAGGAGACUUCAACUUGUCCCCCAGCAAUAUGUGCCCUUAUAGCAGAGGCAGGAUCGUCUCAGUCCUCAGCUGUGGCUGGAGCUCUCGGACCAUUUCAAGUGCCAAUAGUGAGUUAUUUCUCAACAUGUGCCUGCCUGAGUGAUAGAGCAAAAUAUCCGUCAUUUUUUCGGACAAUUCCCAGUGACUACUUCCAGGCGAAAGCUUUGGCAGCACUGGUUAGACGUUUUGGCUGGCAGUGGAUUGGAGCAAUACAGUCAGACAAUGAAUAUGGACAGAAUGGGGUCAAGGCUUUUACAGCAGAGGUUAAAAAGCAUGGAGUUUGCAUGGCAUUUGUCAUGACAAUAACACGUACCUACACAAGAGAUAAAAUUCUGCAUAUUGUCGAAACGAUCAAGCAGUCAACUGCAAAGGUCAUCCUUGCUUUUGUUGAAGAGGGUGACUUUUACCCUCUGAUGCAAGAGGUGGUGAAGCAGAACAUCACAGGGAUUCAGUGGAUUGCCAGCGAAGCCUGGAUAACAGCUUCUCUACUCUCCACACCUGAAAUGUACCCAGCUUUUGGUGGAGCCCUAGGGUUUGUGGUGCAGAAGAUGGCUAUUCCAAAACUCAAACCUUUUCUUACAAGCAUCAGCCCCUAUGCUGAUCCAAGUGCAGCCUUUGUAAGAGAUUUCUGGGAGAUGAUGGUCACUGAUCACCUCCAAAGGGUGAAUUUCAGGAACCAGUUUGGGGAUGAUGUGUUUUUUGAUGCCAAUGGUGACCCUCCUGCUUCUUAUGAUAUUAUCAACUGGCAGUGGAGAGACAGUCAGAUUCCUGUAUCGAUAUGUUCUACUGUUUGUCCACUUGGGACAAGAAAAGCUCAAAUAAAGGGAAAACCGACUUGCUGCUUUGACUGUAUUACAUGUGCUGAUGGAUCAAUCGCUAACACAACAGCUGACUGCACUCCCUGUCCUCUGGAAUACUGGUCCAACGAGAGAAAAGAUGAGUGCAUUCCUAAAACAAUUGAGUUCCUGACGUACGUUGAGUCGAUGGGAAUCGCUCUCACAGUGGUAUCCCUAAUAGGGGCUUCACUGUCUUUGGUCACAAUGAUUGUCUUCAUCUGCUACAGAGAAACUCCUGUCAUAAAGGCCAGCAACUCUGAGCUCAGCUGUUUCCUGUUGUUUUCCCUUUUUUUGUGUUUCCUCUGUCCCCUCACUUUCAUGGGCAGACCCACAGUCUGGACGUGCAUGCUGCGCCACACAGCAUUUGGUGUCACGUUUGCACUUUGUAUUUCCUGUGUCUUGGGAAAAACUAUAGUUGUAGUCACAGCUUUCAAGGCCACAAUCCCUGGCAAGAAAGCUGCAGCAAAGUUUGGACCUGCACAGCAGAGGAUAAUAGUUUGCUCCUGCACUUUGAUUCAGAUAGGUAUAUGUGUGUUGUGGCUGAAGUUAAACCCCCCUUUCCCAGACAUGGUUUUCAGAUACAGCAACACAAAGAUUGUUUUAGAGUGCAACACAGGCUCUGAGGCUCCGUUUUACACUGUGCUUGGGUACAUCGGGAUCCUUGCAAUAAUAUGUCUGGCCCUGGCUUUUCUAGCAAGAAAGUUGCCUGAUAACUUUAAUGAAGCUAAAUUUAUCACAUUCAGCAUGCUGAUAUUCUGUGCUGUCUGGAUCACCUUUAUCCCAGCGUAUGUCAGCUCUCCUGGGAAGUUCAUAGUAGCUGUUCAGAUUUUUGCAAUUUUAUCUUCAGCAUUUGGAUUAUUGAUAAGCAUUUUUGCACCGAAAUGUUACAUAAUAUUGAUCAAGCCAGAAAAAAAUACCAAGAAACAUGUCAUGGGAAAAGUGUGA